AUGUUAAAAGAGUAUUGUCGCGUCGGGCCCCACUCCCACCCUGCAGUCGGCCCCACUCCCACCCUACAGUCGGGCCCCACUCCCACCCUGCAGUCGGCCCCACUCCCACCCUGCAGUCGGCCCCACUCCCACCCUGCAGUCGGCCCCACUCCCACCCUGCAGUCGGCCCCACUCCCACCCUGCAGUCGGCCCCACUCCCACCCUGCAGUCGUCCCCACUCCCACCCUGCAGUCGGCCCCACUCCCACCCUGCAGUCGGCCCCACUCCCACCCUGCAGUCGGCCCCACUCCCACCCUGCAGUCGGCCCCACUCCCACCCUGCAGUCGUCCCCACUCCCACCCUGCAGUCGGCCCCACUCCCACCCUACAGUCGGCCCCACUCCCACCCUACAGUCGUCCCCACUCCCACCCUGCAGUCGGCCCACUCCCACCCUACAGUCGGCCCCACUCCCACCCUACAGUCGGCCCCACUCCCACCCUGCAGUCGGCCCCACUCCCACCCUGCAGUCGGCCCCACUCCCACCCUGCAGUCGGCCCCACUCCCACCCUGCAGUCGGCCCCACUCCCACCCUACAGUCGGCUCCACUCCCACCCUAAAGUCGGCCCCACUCCCACCCUGCAGUCGGCCCCACUCCCACCCUGCAGUCGUCUCCACUCCCACCCUGCAGUCGGCCCCACUCCCACCCUACAGUCGUCUCCACUCCCACCCUGCAGUCGGCCCCACUCCCACCCUACAGUCGUCCCCACUCCCACCCUAAAGUCGUCCCCACUCCCACCCUACAGUCGUCCCCACUCCCACCCUAAAGUCGGCCCCACUCCCACCCUGCAGUCGGCCCCACUCCCACCCUGCAGUCGGCCCCACUCCCACCCUACAGUCGGGCCCACUCCCACCCUACAGUCGGGCCCACUCCCACCCUACAGUCGGCCCCACUCCCACCCUACAGUCGGCCCCACUCCCACCCUGCAGUCGGCCCCACUCCCACCCUACAGUCGUCUCCACUCCCACCCUACAGUCGGCCCCACUCCCACCCUACAGUCAGCUCCACUCCCACCCUACAGUCGGCUCCACUCCCACCCUACAGUCGGCUCCACUCCCACCCUGCAGUCGGCCCCACUCCCACCCUGCAGUCGGCCCCACUCCCACCCUACAGUCGUCUCCACUCCCACCCUACAGUCGGCCCCACUCCCACCCUACAGUCGGCCCCACUCCCACCCUACAUCGGCCCCACUCCCACCCUACAGUCGUCCCCACUCCCACCCUACAGUCGGGCCCCACUCCCACCCUACAGUCGUCCCCACUCCCACCCUACAGUCGUCUCCACUCCCACCCUACAGUCGUCUCCACUCCCACCCUACAGUCGGCCCCACUCCCACCCUGCAGUCGGCCCCACUCCCACCCUACAGUCAGCUCCACUCCCACCCUAGUCGUCCCCACUCCCACCCUACAGUCAGCCCCACUCCCACCCUACAGUCGUCCCCACUCCCACCCUACAGUCGGCCCCACUCCCACCCUACAGUCGUCCCCACUCCCACCCUACAGUCGGGCCCCACUCCCACCCUACAGUCGUCCCCACUCCCACCCUACAGUCAGCUCCACUCCCACCCUACAGUCGUCCCCACUCCCACCCUACAGUCGUCCCCACUCCCACCCUACAGUCGUCCCCACUCCCACCCUACAGUCAGCUCCACUCCCACCCUACAGUCGGGCCCCACUCCCACCCUACAGUCAGCUCCACUCCCACCCUACAGUCGUCCCCACUCCCACCCUACAGUCAGCUCCACUCCCACCCUACAGUCGGGCCCCACUCCCACACUACAGUCAGCCCCACUCCCACCCUACAGUCGUCCCCACUCCCACACUACAGUCAGCUCCACUCCCACCCUGCAGUCGGCUCCACUCCCACCCUGCAGUCGGCUCCACUCCCACCCUACAGUCAGCUCCACUCCCACCAUACAGUCAGCCCCACUCCCACCCUACAGUCGUCUAGGUGUUUACCUGCUUUUCCUCCACCGGCACGACUAA